AUGAAGACAAUUUUUUUCUUUAUAACUCUUGCAGUUUUGUUUUCAUUAUGUAAUUUUAAAAAACUAUUUAUAGGUACAUCAAAUAUUAUGACAAAAUCUAUUUCAGAAGGAAAAGCUCAGUUUUCCAACCCUGCAUUAAGCCCUGAUAUUGAUUCAGCUGACGAACAUAUUGCACACUCUCUCAAUGACAUGAAAAUUAUGUUUUGCCAACGAUGUGCAUAUCAUUGUAUUGAGAAAAAGAAGAAUAUAUCUCAUUGUGAAAAUUCUAUUUGUCGUUGUACAUUGGAAGAUAUUUUGUAA